AUGGGGAAAAAUAAACACAAGAAACGCGCUUGCGUAUCUUUGCCUAAUAGUCAUCCGAGAUGGCUGUGGGGUAUUGUACUUAACAUGCUUGAUCAUCAUGAGUGGAGACAUGUCAAGAAAAGGCUUCCACACUGGAAGCAUGGUGGUAAUAAACGGCACAGGGGGGAUGGAAAAACAGUAAAUAAUAAAGCAUCAGCUGCAGGUGAGUUGCAUGAAACCAGCAAUGCCAGAGAGGAUAACUAUAAUGUUGUAUCUAAUCUGAAUUUCCAGACUGAGCAGGUGGAACAGGCAACUCCAGCUGACGAAAAUUCUGAUACAGCUAGGAUUAAAUCUUUGUUCAGUGAAGAAGUGUCUAAGGGGAAGGACCAAAUUCACCGGAGUUCAACCUGCCCUGUAAGCCCACGGCUGAUAAGAACUUUGUCCAUCCAUCGUUUAGACCCUUUACAUGAGGAUUUCCUCGCUGAAAUAAUAUCUGAAGAUGAAAGUACUGGAAUCAUUAAUGAAACCAAUGGUAACUUCCGUGCUACAGGCUUAAAGGGUCCACUAUCUAAGUCCUUGAGAGAAUUAUUUACCAAAGAAACAUAUGAAGAUCAUCAACUCAUGCUUAUCCAAAAUGCCUUGGGGCAUAAUCAGAUCAAUAAAAUGCAUGAAACUCAACUCGAAGAAAAUCACAUGUAUCCUCAGGAAGACUCAAAGGAAACUUUGUUGGAGAUAAAUACCAAGGAACUUGCAACAGAGGCAUCACUUUUCCGGGUAGAGGAUUUCCUGAACAGUCUAAAUAUAAUCAAACUGAACAAAGAGAUCUUCAUAAAACUUUUGAAUGACCCAAGCUCCCCUUUGGCUGAACUCUUCCACAGUCGACAAACACUUGGUGCAAGAAGAGGAUUAACCAAGUCUAAAACUUUCCCUUUGCUUAGCCAGUCGGUCGAAAGAUAUGAACCAAAAAAUCUCAAGCAGAAUAAGCAUGUAAUUGGCUCUCAUGAUAUAGGAGGAGGGAAGAUGCAAGUUGUAGAUCAAGCACAAAACUCAAAUGAGCGUGAGUCGAAGGAAGAUGUUUAUAAACACUCAAUGCUGCCAACAACUCUCGAGCACGGGGCAGAUGGAAUUCAAAAAGUAGACAACAAAAUGGAUGAAUCUGGUAGUAGUUCUUCUUUAGCUUCGCCCCCACAUAAAAAUAGUGUUAGCAAACAAGGAGCAGUCAGGUAUUUCAAGCAACUCAAACGAAAGCUAAAGCAUGUAAUAAAAGAGAGUAAAAAGGAGAGGGAUCGUAUUGCUAUGGAUGCAGUUCUUCAUAAAAUUCCUCAUGGCCAGGGAUUUUCUAGCGACCUGAAAAUGGAAAAUUUUGAUAAGUUUAAAGAUCCUUUUAUCAAGAGUGACGGUAAAGACAGUAAUGCAAGUGGUAUUGAGAGCAUUCACACUACCCUUAGUAGCAAGAGAGUACCUCCCCUAGCUAAAAAAACAUCUCUCAAUAAAACACUCAAUACAUUCACUCAAUUGUAUGAGCCUAGUUUCAACAGGGAAGCCAAACAGUGUGUCCCUGGGGGAUUAAAAUUGAGAAGAGAAGAGACGACUUUGCUUUCUAGAACUACUCCAAAAUCUCUGACAAGGAUUCUUUCCUUACCUGAGCUCAAAUCUUACUUCUAUCAGGGAGAGGAUCCUCUUGAUGCCUCUCCAUGGAUGUUAGUUAGGGCUCCUGAGGAUGAAACUGCCAGCAGAAGUAGUUUUGAAGAACAAAAUAAGGCAGAUAUGCCUGUGGCUUCCAAACAUAGUUCGCAGUUAGAUGCUCUUGCUGAAAGUAAAACUCAAGAAAACUUGACAAAGGUUACCGAAACAGACCCAGUCAUCCGAGAUCAAGUGAGAUCAAUUUCAGUUGUAUGCAAUAAUGCAGAGGCUGAGAUAGAUAAACUUGGUGAUGAUUUGAGUAACUUGAUGUCAAAAGACAGUACAUGUGAUAAUGAUCAAGAUAUCAAGCCUGUAGCUCCUGCGGAUGAAGCUGCUAGCAGAGGUAGUUUUGAAGAACAAAAUAAGGCAGAUAAGCCUGUGGCUUCCAAACAUAGUUCGCAGUUUGAUGCUCUUACUGAAAGUAAAAUUCAAGAAAACUUGACAAAGGUUACUGAAACAGACCUAGUUACAGGAGAUCAAGCGGGAUCAAUUUCAGUUGCAUCCAAUGAUGCAGAUGCUGAGGUAGGUAAACUUGGUGAUGAUUCAAGUAACUUGAGGUCAAAAGACAGUACAUGUGAUGAUGAUCAAGAUAUUAAGCCUGUAUCUACUAAAGUGGUAGAACCAAGUCCUGUCCCAAUGCUUGACUUCAACUCUCAAGAGGUUGCAGAUAGCAACGUAGAUUUUUUCAUUUCAGAAGGUAUAUUACUUUGUGACUUCUUAGAUUACCUCAUGCAACAUCACCUGCACCAAUUACACAUUCUCUCUCACUCACUACCAAGAGAGAAAGAUAAACUGAUAAAAAAAUUUGUGGUAAUUGGAUCCACUGAUGCAAAACCAGAAGUAAAACUAGGAUACCCCUUUUUGGGAGAACGGGAUUCUUUUACAGAUCAUCGUGAUGAAUCAGGCAUGUAUACCCCUACGGUGGAUUUUGAGAAAGAAAGAAUUCCAAGCAACCAUGUACAAAUGGACAUUCCACUUGUUCAAGUGGAUGUAAGAGAUAAAGCUAAAUUUGAUUAUGUGAAAAACGUGUUGAAGCUGUCUGGAUUCAAUGGGAAUGAGCCCCCUGGAACAUGGCAUUCUGAUUACCAGCCAGUUGAUCCUUCUGUAUAUGAUGAAAUUGAAGGCUGCAUACCAUUUGAUCUUGAAUGUUCCGGAAACAAAGAUGGCAGUUGUAAUCAUACGCUUUUAUUCAACAUAAUCAACGAAACGUUGAUGGACAUUUAUGAGAGAUCAUACAGCUACUAUCCCAAGCGCCUGUCUUCUCUUUGCCACAUUCAUCCAAUGCCAGCAGGGAAGCAUCUUCUCAAGGAGGUAUGGACAAAUAUAAAUUCAUACUUGAACCUGAGACUGGAACUCAACCAUUCAUUGAACUAUCUUGCUAGAGAAGAUCUAUCCAAGGAGGACGGGUGGAUGAACCUCCAAUUAGAUUCUGAGAGCGUCGGGCUUGAACUCGAGGACUUGAUUUGGGAGGAACUUAUAGAGGAAGCAAUCUUUUCCUGAAGAUGUUUUGGAUGAUCACAGUUAAUUCUUCCUACGCAAAAUUUCAUCUAUUCCUUGACCGUGUAGCUGACAUUCAACGCCAUAGGUAGGGUACAGAAAAGAUGAAAGAGUAUAUGAUUCUUUAGCAUAUUGCAGGGUUAGAAAAGUGUAAUAUAUUCCUUUUAUUCAAAAGAUGUUGAAUAAAAAGAAGAGCGCAUUUUCACCUA